CGAAAGCCCACAGAUUGGAGUAUUCGGGGGGUUCUUGGACGAAUGCGAGGAGAAACAAUUCAAACUAAAAAUCGAAGCUUAUUGCUUAUCACUUGAAAACAUCAUUAAACAGGGAAAAUUAAAUAAUAGACAUGAUAAAGCCCAGCUCUUGCUGGCUCGGUAUAAGAAGGGAAAGAAACCUGAUUAUAAAGAGGCAAGAGAAUGGAGGAGAGAGAAGGAGGAGCGUAAAUCUAAAGAAGUUGGCGGGCCUUCGAUCCAUUUCCAUCAACCGACAAAGAAAGAUCAGGAAGAUGAAGAAGAGGACGAAGGGAUUGACGACCCAGCAAUACGUUAUAAUAGAUUGAUGGUGGGAAUUGAAACUGCACGAGAAAAUCAAACGGCCUGUUUGAUGACCCCGCUGUGUUGGGGUGUCAUAGAUCUUAGAGCAGAGAAUGUCUCUCCGUGCCCAAAACAUCCUCGUGUGAAAGAAUUUCUAUCAGAUACGGAAGUUCAAAAACUCCAACAAACGGCUAUUGAAAUUAUAAAUAAAGAAUCACAUUUGAGCCUAUCUGCUAAAACACUUCUGGAGACGCUUCAAUGUAGCACUUUCAGUCUCAAAAAACUCAGUAAGGAGAAGAGGGCUCGGGGGAUUGAAGUUAUUUGUUCCUUGCUUAAAAUAGACGCGGAAAUAUAUGACAAAGAUACCCAGUACGUUGGAGAAUGUAUGGAUGCCUUUUAUAGUUGGGUACAUAUAUACGGUGGGACAACUAAUAUAGAACGAACUGUCGAUAUGCACCUAAUUGGUCCGUUCUCAAAAACGCCUGGUGUUGAAUAUAUAUAUGGAGAAAGUCAUUCGGAUGCCGACAGAGACGAGAAGUCUUCCCGGUCAGAAUCAGGAGCAACUGGAAAGGCGUGUGAUUUUAUUUUCUGGGGAAAUGGGCACGAGAUUGAGAACACCGGCCCCACUCGUAAGGACCAUCAUAAAAAAAGUGUCACCGAUUUUGUAGAUGUCAUAAAUGUUGCUCGAUCGCAACAUAUUAGUUUCCAAACGCAGUGCAUAGAAAAAAGUGGGCGCAAUCCUCUUCCCUCAAAUAUUGAGAAUGUAUUGAAGUCUAGCGAUUCCCUUUUUCCAAGUAAUCGGGAUGACAAUCCGAUUCUACAUUCUAAUACAAAUCAAUGGUGA